UUUUUACUGAUUUUAGCCAACCCUAUUCUGUGUUUACAAUGUUACAUGUGCAUGGUGUGUGGGGUCAUGGGUUGAGCAGAUGAUCAUGAAGAGUCACAGCACUAAUAAUCUUUGAUUUCCCAUCUCUCGGUCCCAGUCAGUGGAAAAUGCUCCUUGCCAUUCCUAAUUUAUUUGUGAGAUCUUCAAGGAGGAUACCAGCGCUCCGAUCAUUUCAUGCAGUGGCUGUAAAUUGUGCGGAUCCAGAAAAACCAUACCAUUCAAAUGUACGUCACAGAAAAAAUCCACCAUUUUGGACACAUCAACAACUUCACCUUCGCCAAAUAUCAUCUGAGUCUGUUCGAGGGACAUUGACGCACAUUGCUACAGAAUAUUUUGGACCAGAUGCACUGUUUGUGAACACAGCAAUGAAAUUUUUGACUUUCUGCCAUGAUCACACUGGACUGCCCUGGUGGGCAACAAUCUGUGUGGCCACUGUUGGUCUGAAAGCUUUUGUUGUCUUUCCUCUGUCGGUACAUGCAAGGAAAGCUGAAGGUAGGCGGAGCCUGAUGAAUGAAAAAAUGGUAACAGAACUUCUACCACAAUUGGAGAGGGAGGUGCGAGCUCUUGCCAGAAGCAGAGGAUAUACCAAGCAGGAUGCUAAAAGUAUAUUUAAUGCUAAUAGAAAUAAGCUUGUAAGGGAAUACUACAUUAAGGAGAACUGCCAUCCAUUGAAAGGAUUUGCCUCCGUUCUUGCUCAGCUACCAAUCUGGCUAUCGCUGUCGUUUUCUCUGCGACAUCUGUCAGGCUCCUUUUAUUGGGCUGACAAAUCUCAAGCUGCCCAGUAUAUGGCUGAGGGUAUGAAGACUGAGGGGACUCUGUGGUUUUCUAAUCUUUUAACUCCUGACCAGUUGUAUAUUUUGCCUGUAAUUCUUCUCUCUACAAAUUUAACCAUAGCUGCAAUUAAUCUAUAUGAUAUCAAUAGAUUAAAGAGAGGUGGUGUGGCUAAGGUCCUGACAGGGGUAAUGAUGUUUUAUUCUGUGGCUAUAUUCUCAAUCAGCACACUUAUGCCUUCGUGUAUCACUUUCUACUGGUCUGUGUCAGCACUGUGCAGCCUUAUUCAGCUGUUGUUGCUCAACAAUAAGAAGAUUCAGGGUGUCCUAAAUAUCCCAGGUCUGGAACAACUCAUGAAAAAGAGAAUUCAAAAAACAAGCAACAUUCUGGACGGACAGACAAAAGUGGGUGGUGCUUCUCCACACACCGGAGGAAGGGACGAGAAACCACCCCAAUUUUCUGGCACAAGUGCUCAGGCACUUACAGCUUCUAGAUGGGUACCUCCAAGUACACUGAAGCGAGAUGCUAACCAUGAUGACCGCAACGAUUUUACCUUUCGACGAGUUAGGGGAAUACUCAACAAACUUACACCAGAAAAAUUUGACAAACUCAGUUUAGAACUUCUCAAUGUAGGAAUUGAAUCCCACGUUAUCCUGAAAGGAAUUAUUUUAUUGAUUUUUGAAAAAGCUCUUGAUGAACCCAAGUAUAGUUCUAUGUACGCACAGCUAUGCCAUCAACUAUGUGAAGACGCACCAAAUUUUGAACCAAAUUCAUCAAAUAUCACAACAUUCAGACGACUUCUUUUAAACAAGUGCCAGGAUGAAUUCGAAAACAGAUCCAAAGCCACAGAAGUUUACGACCGGAGAGAAAGCCCCCUCACACCUGAUGAAGCAGAACAAUAUCAUAUCGCCAAGCAGAAAAUGCUUGGCAACAUCAAAUUCAUUGGUGAACUCGGCAAACUGGAAAUGCUUCAUGAAGGUAUUCUACAUAAAUGCAUUAAACAGCUUUUGGAGAAGAAAAAGAAUAUUCCCCUUGCAGACAUGUCUGAAGAUCUUGAAUGUCUUUGUCACCUAAUGCGCACCGUUGGACGACGCCUUGACACCAAUAAGGCCAAGUCCUGGAUGGAUCAAUAUUUUGCACGAAUGAAGUCAUUCGCUAACAAAGAGGAGCUGCCUUCCAGAAUUCGAUUUAUGCUGCAGGAUGUGGAGGAACUGAGAAAGAAUGGAUGGAAACCUCGUUAUAUUAAUAGAGACACUGGACCCAGAACUAUCACAGAAAUACGGAAAGAAGCCGCAGAUCAUGAUGGAGAGUAUUAUCCAAUGCCACAACAGAAUCGGAUGUAUGGGGGGAGGCAGAUGAACGGGCACAUGCAGGGGUGGAUGUCUGGACAGCAGGGAAACAUGGGGGAUUUAUUUGGAAUGUCAGGUCCAGGCAUGAUGAUGGGUUCGAUAGGGACAGGGCCAGGCGUGAUUAAUGACAUGCCAGGAUACAUGGGAGGCAAACAGAGAAUGAUGAUGCAGCAGCCGGGGCAGGGGUUCAAUAAGUUUAAUAAUCAGCAGCGUCAGGACGCGGGGAUGCAGAGGAGACAAAACGGGGGGAGUCCCACCAUGGGGCGACACUCUCCACAGAAUCAGCAGCAACAGUUCCAGGCACCUCACAAUAAUGCGCCAAGGGAUCUUCCACCCAGAUUUGUUAAACUUGCGCAACAGCAGCAGUCACAGACUGCUCCACCAGGGGCGAUGAAUGGAACAGCCGUCGUCAUAGUACCCCCCAAUGAAGAAAUCAGCCUGAGGCCAGCCAAGAAUUUUAAUGUUUUUAAGCCAAAUUCACCGAGUAACUUGCCGCGGUCAGCACACUCCACAGCGCCACCUAGUGGUUCAAUGAGAAUGACCUCGGCUCCAGAUCCACCAAAGCCGCUACUCAACAAACAGCCACAAAUAACAAUUAAACAGGUGGAAAGUAAAGAAAAGCCAAAAUCAAACAAGCGAUUCACACCCAGCAAGGAUGAAGCACACAAGAUUGUAGAAAACUUGCUGACAGACUACUUGGCAAACAAUGAGGCUAAUGAAGCUCUUACAGCUUUUAAAGAAAUGUAUGCUCCAAAGAAGUAUGUACCAGAGUUAUUGACGAAGAUGAUGAAGAUGACAGUAGAGAAGACGGAUGAUGACAGGGAGAGGAUGAUGUCGCUGAUCUCGGCGAUGAAAGCUGACGGCCAGAUCACGUCAGAGCAGUUUAUGGAGGCUCUCCAGACGGUCUUUGAGCAGAUGAGUGAGUUAGAGGCGGAAUUUCCUUUGAUUCGGUCUUACGUCUCCACAUUUGCUGCCUCUAGUAUCACUGGUCAAAUUGUGACUCUGAAUGAGCUGGCAGAACCAAUGGAGAAUGGGGCAUACUAUCCACUUUUCUUGAUCUCGCUGCAGCAGAUGCACAAAAUUAAAGGCAAAGACUGGCUUGCUAACUUGUUCAAUGAGAGCAAACUAGAUCUUAUCAAAAUGUUGCCAGAAAUCGACCAGAAGAAGGAGCGUAUGAUGGAGAUUUUGGAGGACCGGGGCCUGAGCUUCCUGUUUCCACUCCUGAGGGUGCAGGCAGAGCUAUGUAAGGAGAUGCAGACUGAGCCCAGCGCCACAGGCCUGUUCAAGUGGAUAAAGGAGCACGUCAACACAGAUCUCCACUACACAGGGGGAUUCCUCAACAUUCUCACCACAAGCUUGAUGAAAUAUGUCACUCAGGAUUCCACGAUGGGAGAUGAUGUUGACAUCACAGUGGUACCAGAUAAAACUCUGAUUGACAAAGAAAAGCAGAAUCUGGAGAAAAUGAAGGGAGUUUUACAGAUGUUUCUCCAUGAGCAUGUCGAUCUUCAGAUUGCUGCCCUUUACGCAGCUCAAGUCUUCUGUUAUUCUCAUGGAUUUCCUAAAGGCAUGCUCCUGCGUUUCUUUAUGAAUUUGUACGACAUGGAAGUUGUUGAAGAGGAAGCAUUUUUGAAAUGGAAAGAGGAAGUCAAUGAUCAGUACCCCGGGAAAGGGAAAGCAUUGUUUCAGGUGAACCAGUGGUUAACAUGGUUGGAGCAGGCAGAAGAGGAGAGCGAUGAAGAAGAUUAAAGGGAAUGCUGCAAAAAAUACUACAGAGGAUCUAAGUUUACAGCGCAUUGUAGUUGUUGUCAGCAUUUCAUAAUUAAUUCUCUCUUAAGCACCGUAAAACUUUGACGCAGUUACACAUGUGCAUUAAUGGGAAGAAGUUAUCCUUAAAUAAGUAUCGAGGUAAAGGCAUGAUUUGAUAGUGCCCACCUUUUCAUUGGUGGAGUUUAUGUGUUCUAACUUUUAUGGAUACAGACCAUUGGAUAUUGUGGUUGCGGAAUCUAAAUAUACACUGAAAAACAUUCACGUAUCAUCAAGAACAAGAAAUACAAACCUGUAUUAAAACUAAAAGGAUGGUUUAGUAAUGAUCUUUGUCAUUUAUUUUUUAUCAAAGCUUAUUGAUAAACUAUAUUGAAAGAUGACAUACUGAGAUAGUAAUGAAGGGAAAAUCUUUGAACAAUACUAUAAUUUAUAUGCAUGUAUUAAAAAGUUGCUCAUGGCCUGAUGGGUUACAAAUAAAUUGAGAAACUGGUUUGAGAAAGGUAUGGAAGUCUUGUAUAGAUUAUAAAUAAUGUCCAUAUCCCCCCCCCCCCCCCCCCCCAGAAACUAAGUCAUCCAGUCAUUUAAAACAUGAAUUGAUUGGCAUUGGGUAUAAUCAGAAUACAGUUGAAGGGAAUGAAAAGAGUGUGUGAUAUGACAAUGUUAUCAUCUAACCACUUUUAUUAAUCAAAUGUAUAUUUUGGGAUUUGGCCAAAAAGUUUGAAUCUAUGAACUUUGUUUUGCACCCAUACAUUCUUUGUUAAAAAUCCGUACUUUGCAUUUUGUUCAAUCUGGAAACAGAGAAUAUUAAACUGUUUGGCUAUAGUGUUGCAGAGUUUUUGUCAGUGAAAGCAAUAUCUUUAUUGGAUGGAAAAACGUAGCAAGAUGACAAAAAUGACAUAUUUGGUGAAAAUAAACUACCUUUUUAAAAUACACCUGCUAACUGCUUUCUAGGCAAUUGUAGCUACAUGUGAAAUGUGAACAUUUAUAUAAUUGAAAGAUGAAAUCUUUGUAUUUUCUAAGAUGAAGACCUGCAUUUUUUGUAUUGGAAAGCAGUACAUUUACUGUAUAUUAUAACACCCUGUGUAAAUUUUGGGUAAGACUGGUCAUGUGAUAAAUGAUAAAAAGGGAAUACUGAACUUUUUAAUCUAUUUUCAUUUUUUGGAAAUUUAAGAUGUAAAAAUUAUGUAUCAAAUUGUAAACUGUAAAAUAACGUCAUUUAAAUAAGGUAUUAAUUUGUUGCAUGUUGAUUUUGGGAAAUAAAUGAAAUAUUUAUCCUUUGCUUUAGCUAGGACUCAAUUGCCGUAUUGUGAAAAUGUUGUUCAUAUGAAUGUCAAUUUAUUUUGUAAUUUUUUUUUGCAUUUGUUUAUUGAGAUCUUUUUGUAACAUAAUUAUUUUUUUUAUGUCAGUGUGCAUGUUGUAUAUAUGUUUUAUCCCAAGAAUAGAAAACUCAAAAAUAUCUAUAUGUAUACAUGUAAAUAUAAGGCAUAAGGCGAUUCAUAUUGUGUACCAGUAAGUUCUAAUUUGAGUUUAGAUUCCUUUGUUAUGUAUAAACUUAAACAGAAAUUUUAAUCAAUUCAUUAAAUACAUGUAUAAAUUCAAAUUAGUCGUUGAUGUAUAAAUGCUGUAGAGAAUAACUCCUGUCAUCUUUGUAUGCCAUUUCUGUAAUCUGUUAUGUGGAGUGUUAAUUCCGCGGAGUAGUAUAAAUACUAAAUUUACAUACCAUUUUCAAAAAUUUAUUAUAAAGGAUUUUUCAAGCUUUGAGAAUCAUUAUUUUAUAAUACAUACUAGAAUACAAUACAGUAUAACUAUUUUGAAUAUUAAAGCACCAGAUGUUCAAAUUAUGAAGUAAGUGACUGCUUUUAUUUUAUUCUAAUUUUUAAAAUUUGAGUAAUUUGGUAGUGUGUAUUGAUCUUUUCCUCUCAUUUUAUAUUUACUGAGGCAUUUUCUCAUAUUUUUGAGAUGUGUAUUUCAUUCUAUCAGAAAAGUUCCGAAAGCAUUACACUUGUGUUAUAGCAGUUUGUAGCUGUAAUAUAAAAUUAAAUCUCACUUUUUGUCUGCUUAUUAUCAGCUUUAUUAAAAUAAAACUAAAUGUAGUUGAA